GUGAAUUGUCAAUUCCAGUCAUACGAUCUGUCAUCAUCCUUCGUACAAUGCGAAAAGGGAAGUUGAGAGAAGUGGGAGAAGGACGUUGCGAAGCUUCAUGAGAUCUAAUGCUGGUUGGGCACUCGACACACUGUGAACGGACGCUGAAGUUACACAAAUAUUGUCCUGGAAAUAUCAUCCACAUUACCAACCUCCGUUUAUUUGGUUAGGUGUUUUCAGUUUUCCACAGUCCACCAGCAUCCAGCGAAGGGACCGGUCAGUGUGACAUGGCAAGUAGAGGUGGAGCUACAAGACCCAAUGGGCCAAACGCAGGCAACAAGAUCUGCCAGUUCAAACUCGUGCUUUUAGGAGAGUCGGCUGUGGGGAAGUCAAGUCUCGUACUUCGGUUCGUAAAAGGACAGUUUCAUGAAUUUCAAGAGAGCACAAUUGGAGCUGCCUUCCUGACUCAGACAGUAUGUUUGGAUGACACAACAGUCAAAUUUGAGAUCUGGGACACAGCCGGGCAGGAGCGCUACCACAGCCUGGCUCCCAUGUACUACAGAGGUGCCCAGGCAGCCAUCGUGGUGUAUGAUAUAACAAAUGAGGAGUCGUUUGUACGAGCAAAGAACUGGGUGAAAGAGCUUCAGAGACAAGCCAGUCCAAAUAUUGUAAUAGCCCUGGCUGGGAACAAGGCUGAUCUCGCAAACAAGAGAGCACUGGACUUCCAGGAUGCCCAGUCUUAUGCAGAUGAUAACAGUUUGCUUUUCAUGGAAACAUCUGCAAAGACGUCUAUGAACGUAAAUGAGAUUUUUAUGGCCAUUGCAAAGAAGCUACCCAAGAGCGAUCAAGCCCCCGGAACCACCAGCGGCAGGAACCGAGGAGUGGACCUAACAGAGACAGCCCAGCCCACCAGCCGCUCCUGCUGCAGUAACUAAUCCAGCUCUUCCUGCUCAUCUUCUAAACUGAACAACGUUUGAAUCGGGCUCCUCGGCUCUCAGACAUUACACCUGAUCCACUCCCCUGGAAUAGCUGAAAGACUCUGUAUAGCUGCAUUUCUAAUACCUUUUUGUUGAUGUUUUUUUUUUUUUUUUUUACUUUUUUUUAAAGACGUGUAUAUCAGUAUAAUGGAUGCAUGUAUCACUACAACGCCUACAACACACAUUUUUUAUUUCUCUCUCUGUUGGAAGACCAACCCUGUUUUAAGAAAGCUGAUCGAGCAGGUAACCGGUAAAUGUAAAAAUGAGUGUGAGUUUCCAGAAGUGAUUUGCUGAUGAGAAGGCGUAAACUCAUGGGGUUUUCACAGGGUCUAAUGGACAUACAUGAUGCCUCUUCUGUGUUGUGUGUGAGGUCACAAUCAAAAGAAAACCAAAUUGUUCUCUUCCUGACGCGUCUGGCUUUCAGACAGUUUGUUGUGUUCAGAGAGUGCCAGGAAUGGACCCCCCCCCCCAUCUGCUACUCAAGAGGACUUCAACUGAGGCUCCUAAUGGAAAAGCACCAAUAAUAAAUUUAGUCCUGUCCUGUUGGAAAAGUCACACAAAUAAUCUUCUGAGAGUAAAGAAGAGAAAUGGCCGUGUCAGGCUUCCCGUUAUGUGCAACUAAUGUCAUAUUUCUAAAAAGCAAACAUGUGAGUCAGACCUGCAGAUUGCUUUGGUCUGUCAUGUUGCCGUACAUCAUACUAAGCAACAGAGUGUUCGCGAGAUGGGAAACAUGGAGUCUGGGAAAGUGCAUUCUGACGCAGCUUCACGCAGGAAAUAAAAUCCAGCAGGUUCUUUGAGACUGCGAACAUGCAACAGUUUUUCUUUUGCUCGGUUUCUGUUCAGUCCGGUACCUGAACUGCGUCAAUUUGGAUUUCAAUGACGGGGGUGGUGCUUCGAGUAGAAUUCAGAUGGCACAAAAAGAAAUUUGGACUUCCCAUUGUCACAAGUUUGUGGAAAAAUAUACUCUACUGUUGUUCUAGAGUGCAAUGUUGUCGUCUUCCUCCUUUAGUACCACUCGUGAGCUCACCGGGAAAUUUAUCUAGACGUUCUAAACAAUUGUAUAGUUCAAUAUAGGUCUACUUUUUUCUUUCUGUUAAUUUUCAUCUCGGACCUCGUCUCAAUCUGGUCUGAUGUUAAGCAGUGGUGAUCUUUUUAGGUAUACGUAGUGUUAAUGACUAAAUCCCUCUCUGGUGUCUUGUUACUUUUUUUUCAGAAAUGAUCCAUGGUCAUGUUUGAAAGGAACUUUUACUGCAUUGCACAGUGUUGAUCAUGUUUUAAUUAACGAUGACUGCCCUACGAUUUUAUACGAUGGACUGUAUUGGACUUGCUAACCUCUGGAUAUAACAGGUAGCAUAAAUAACCUAACUGGUGGUCUCUCUCUUACAGCUCAAUGAAUUUUAAUGAUGUAAAACAGCAUUACUAGUGAUGGGCUGAUCGGUUUUGAGUGUCUGAAUACAACUUAAUAAAUCAAGUAAAGAGGU